UCCGGUGCAGCUCAGUGUGUGUCUUGGCGGUGGGUGGGGCGGAGCCCGCGGCUUUGGGAAGGGACAGGAGCGGAUAGCUUUUAUCUGAACCCAAUGAUACGGCCGGGGCGGCUCCGCAUGGCGAGGGGUUAGGGAGUCUGGCGGCCUGCUACGCCCUGCACCACACACCGGGACGGCGGGGACCACCUCCAUCCAUUAGCCAAGCGCGGCCAGCGGGACAGCCAGCACCCGGGGAGGGAGAGGAGAAGGUCAGCAUGGACCAGGCGGAGAUCCUGAGGACUUUCAUUCAGAGGGUGCGGGAUAUGGAUAACAAGGACCACAAUGGGGAGGAUAACUUCGCCUGCGACUUCAUGAGAUUGAGAAGACUAUCGACAAAAUAUAGAACUGAGAAGAUAUACCCCACCAGCACUGGAGAAAAAGAAGAAAAUGUUAAAAAGAAUAGAUAUAAGGAUAUCCUGCCCUUUGAUCACAGCAGAGUACGACUCACACUGAAAGUACCACCUUAUGAAUCUGAUUACAUCAAUGCAAAUUUUAUUAAGGGUGUGCAUGGGCCUAGAGCAUACAUUGCGACACAAGGGCCACUAGCAAAUACAGUAGUAGAUUUCUGGAGGAUGGUAUGGGAGUAUAAUAUUGUAAUAAUUGUAAUGGCUUGUCGUGAGUUUGAAAUGGGAAGGAAAAAGUGUGAACGAUAUUUUCCCAGCUUUGGAGAGCAACCUGUAUCCUUCGGACCAUUCCAUAUCUCCUGUGAGGCAGAACAGUCCAGGACAGAUUACUUUGUUAGGACGCUGCUGGUGGAGUUCCAGAAUGAAUCCCGCAGAAUUCAUCAGUUUCAUUACAUGAACUGGCCAGAUCAUGAUGUUCCAACGUCGUUUGAUUCGAUUCUGGAUAUGAUUAGCUUAAUGAGAGAUUAUCAGGUUCAUGAUGAUGUACCUAUUUGUAUACACUGCAGUGCAGGAUGCGGAAGGACUGGAGCAAUUUGUGCCAUAGACUAUACAUGGAAUUUGCUAAAAGCCGGGAAAAUACCAGAAGAGUUCAAUGUAUACAGUUUAAUUCAGGAAAUGAGGACACAACGACAUUCUGCGGUCCAGACGAAGGAGCAGUACGAACUUGUGCAUCGAGCUAUCGCCCAGUUAUUUGUGAAGCAGAUACAAGUGUAUGAGAAUGAAGCGAAGAGCAUUGUGGAUGGCAUGGAUAAUACCACUGGUAAGGCACUUAGUCCUUCUGAGAAUGAGAAAACGGACUCUCCUCCACCAAAACCACCACGUAUCCGCAGCUGCCUUGUAGAAGGAGAUGUAAAAGAAGAAAUUUUGCAACCACCAGAACCUCAUCCUGUGCCACCAAUUUUGACGCCCUCCCCUCCUUCCUCUUAUCCAACUGUGACAACAGUGUGGCAGGACAGCGAUCGCUAUCAUCCAAAACCAGUCCUCCAUGUGAUGUCCACUGAAAAUCCAACAGGCACAAAUGAGAACUAUACCAAAACAGAAGUAUUGGGUAAGAAUGAAUCUGCUAUUGAAAAGAAACUUGAGCGCAAGCUCAGCAUUGAAAUUAAGAAGGUACCGCUCCAGGAAGGUCCAAAAAGUUUUGAGUCCAGUGCAGGUUUGCAUAGAGGACUUGGCGUUAAGAUGAAAUCUACUUCCUGCUAUGCAAUUGACCAAUCACUGAAAGUUCAAGAAUCCAGUUCAUUAGAUUCUGUUGUUGGCCUAUCUUCAAAUACUUGCAUUGAUUGUAGAAGUUCAAAGCAUUCUAAAACAUUAGAAGAUAAACCACAUCAAAGAGGCUCUGAGCUCCCUCAAAGACCAGACCAUCUGCCUCUGGAGAAGGGACUUUCCAAGUCUUCUACUUUUGGUAUUGAACAUACAAAGUGUACAAAUGCUUCUUCCACUGCUGAAAAAUCAUUGGACAUGCUCUCCUCAACGAGUGAAACCAUUCACAAUGCAACUGUUCUGACCUCUCAAAGUCAGGCUGAGCACAGCAGCACUGUUUCACAUCAGGCACCCUUGUCUUUUACAAACCCCCUACACUCUGAUGACUCUGAUGUGGAUGAGGGGAGUUCUUUAGAAACUUUGUCAAAAAGCUUGUCUAACAUAUCAACCGCAAGUGCCACUGUAUCGGCUGCUUCGGCAGCUGAAAACUUGUCUACUAGAAAAGUAUUGCCUAUGUCUAUUGCCAGACACGAUUCAAACAAUCCCCACAAACCAAAGCCUGAGAAAGAAAAUAGAGAUCUGCUAGUUGAUAUUCCAGACACUUUCAAUUCUAUGAAUAUAACAUAUGCACAGCAAAUGCCACAAGAUGGUGCAACGUGUGGCAUUGGUAAUAAUGAGAAAACAAGAGAAUCAGGGGAUUCAUCUUCACAAUGGACAUGAUGACUCAGGCCUAGAGACUCAUCCAGUAUCCGUAGUAUUAGAGGAAGAGGACUGACCGUUUCUGCCUUUUUAAAAUGGACAAUGACUCCGCCAGCAGACACAUUAACCUCUUGGCUUAUUGAAGAGCUUGCAAUGCAUAUGUUGAAAGACAGCCUAACAGUGAAGGGAUUAAAUUGUACAAUAAAAAUCAAAGUGCCACUAAUUUCAAAGUAUUCCAUACCAAUCAUGUUUAAUCAGAGUGUAGGUUAAUCUACACAAUGGUACAUUCUACUGUACAAUUCCACAUAUAUAUCUUAAAUAUUAUUUAAGUGGUUAAUUCCAGUAUACAGUGCUAAAUGUUUCUUUGCUGGGGACCAUAUACCUGCCUUAUAUCUUGGGUUUAAAAAAGUAUUAUGUAUCAUUUUGUAACUUAAUGUAUCAUUGCCUUAAUGUCUUUUAACCCUGUUACACGCUGCUUGUAGAUCUGUUAAUAUAGUGAAACUUUUAUGAUAGUUUACAGACUACUUUUUUUGCUAAAUUUUGAUUACAAGUAUACAUUCUUUUGUAUUUGUACAGGGUAAGCUGGUAUAUAUUUGACAAUAUUGCAGUCAUAAAAUAUUAACAGAAGAUGUAAGAAAUCUCAGCAUGAUAUUAAUCUGUUCUUUAUAUGGGAUGUAAAUUAUUGGCCCUGAUGGUUUAGUGUUUUGUUUUUUUUAAUCCUUGCUGGGUGUCUGAAGCCAGCAGUGCAGGUAAACCGAUAUGAUUGUAAUACAGUUUGUAAAUUGUAAGCUAAAGGUUAUUUUUAUAUUAUACACGGUUUAAUUGUCAAA